AUAACACUUAUCGCUAAUACCCCUAACAAGAUUUCAACAAAAAGGUUUCUCUUCCCUUUAAAAGGCAAUCAUCUUUAUUCAAUUUUGCAUUCAUGUCUUUCACCAUCUUCCUCUUCGAAGGUCGUCCCUAAUCCUAUCCCUUCCUCUUCAAAAAUGAUCAACACGUCUCACAUCAUCUCUCUCGUGGCCAGAGCGGCUCCAGAUGGAUCAAUCAUUUCAGGUGCAGAUCCGACAAAAGUCAGUACAAGUGAUCCAAUCAGAUUAUUCAUCAUUCAAGCUUCAAUCGUAAUCAUCUUCACACGUAUUCUAGCAUACUUUUUGGCAAAGAUCAAACAACCUUCCGUUAUUGCUGAAGUAAUUGGUGGUAUUUUGUUGGGUCCUACCGUUUUUGGUCGUAUUCCCGGCUUUACACAUCACAUCUUCCCAGAUGCUUCUAUUCCUUAUUUCAAUUUGGUCGCCAAUCUUGGUUUAGUCUUAUUCCUCUUUUUGGUUGGUUUGGAAAUCGAUACAAGAAUUAUUAAACAAUGUGGCGUUGCUGCAACAAGCAUCAGUUUGGCUGGUCUACUGAUCCCCUUUGGUCUCGGUUCAGCCAUUUCUGUCGGUAUCUAUAAUGACUUCAUCGACGGCUCAAAAGUCUCUCUAGGUCACUUCAUCCUUUUCACAGGCGUAGCAAUGGCAAUCACUGCUUUGCCCGUCUUGGCAAGAAUCGUGCUGGAUAUGAAGCUGAUGAAGACAAAAGUCGGUGUUGUGGUACUGGCGGCAGGUGUAGGAAAUGAUGUUGUUGGAUGGAUUCUAUUGGCUCUGGCUAUCGCUCUCGUCAAUGCAUCUUCCGGUCUUGCAGCUCUGUACAUCUUCCUCGUCGUUGUCGGUUGGUGUUUACUACUGUUCUUCCUUAUCCGACCAUGCUUCGUUUGGCUUGCAAGGCGUGAUGGCUCACUGUCAAGGGGUCCGACGCAUUUAAUGAUGACUCUCACAAUCUUGCUCGUCUUUGCUUCAUCUUUCUUGACAGAUUGUAUCGGUGUACAUGCAAUCUUUGGAGCAUUCUUGGUCGGUCUAAUCAUUCCUCACGAAGGUGGUUUCGCAGUCGCAUUAACCGAAAAGCUUGAAGAUAUGGUUUCAAUCGUCUUUUUGCCACUUUAUUUCGCAUUGUCUGGUCUACGUACAAAUUUGAGCACUUUGGAUACCGGUUUAAUUUGGGGUUACGUCAUCGCCAUUUGCUUGAUUGCAUUCCUUUCCAAAUUCAUCGCAUGCGCUGCUGCUGCUCGUGUAACAGGAUUCAACAAUCGCGAAUCGGCUGCCGUUGGAACUUUAAUGUCUUGCAAAGGUCUUGUCGAGUUGAUUGUUUUGAAUUUAGGUUUAAGUGCUGGCAUCUUGGACACACGUGUAUUCAGUAUGUUUGUGGUGAUGGCAAUCGUUUCUACUUGCCUUACAACUCCUUUGACAAUGCUGGUAUAUCCCAAGCGCUUCCAUACCUUCUUCACCGAAGAUGAUUUCAAGAAAAAGGAUGACAAACGCCGUCAAGGAGAUGAUGAAGAAGGAGAUCAAGCAGACCCGAUCAAAUCAAAAUCAUUGGCCAAGAAGUACCUAUUCGUUCUCGAUCGAUUUGAUGAUUUGCCAGGUCUUUUGAACGUGGUGCAAGUGUUGAGACCUUCAAGCGAUUUGCAUUUGCGUAACCCACAAUCACACUCAACCAGCAAUGCCAGAAGACGGAACAAUGCAAGCACAGAGAAGGGCGACGAAAGUGGAAUCUCUUCUGAAAGCAGUCACGAAGUCAACGUUCCUGUAUUGCUAGAUGGACAAGCUUCGAGAUCCAUAAUUCCCAAAGCACCCGCUUCUGUUGAUGCUCUUCGAUUGAUGGAAUUGACAGAACGUACUUCAGCAGUGAUGAAAGUUGCUGAACACGAUGAAACAGUUCAAGCAGAUCCUCUCAUCAACGUCUUCCGCGCCUUUGUCAGAUUGAACAGACUUCCCAUUCAGGCAGCAAUGCAGGUUGUUCCGAUUGAUGAAUUCAGUAGCACGGUCGUCACUCGGGCGCAGAAUUCCAAAUCAGAUUUGGUCGUGCUUCCUUGGACUUUGCCAUCGACUGGUUUAUUGGGAGGUAGUCAAAAUGAAACGACUGGUGUAUUGCGUGGACCCGUUGAAAGAUUCUUCGGCGCCGGUUCUUCGGAUGUUUCUAGCGUUGCAAGGUACUAUCAAGCUGCAUUCGUUCGUAAAGUUAUUCAAACAAGUCCAUGCCAUGUAGGAAUGUUAUUAGAACGCUCUUCAGGCGGACAAUUUGCUGCGCAAUCUUCUACUGUCGGAUGGGGUCAACAUGUCGUUUUCGCUUUCAUGGGCGGUCCGGAUGAUAGAUGUGCGCUUGAACUUUUACGAGAAUGGUGCAAAGUGAAUGAAGAUGUGUAUGCUACCAUUUAUCGUUAUCGUAAAUCGGAUGCUGAUCUUGCUGGCGCUAACCUCAACUCUCCUCCGAUGACGAUGCAAAAUGUGGAUACGGUUCAUAAAACUCAAGCUGCAAGUGCUGUUUAUGGAAAUUUGUCAGUGCAUGAUACUAUGUAUCCCAGCUCAAACUUGAACCCUCUACAAGCCCAACUACAAGAUGAUAUCGCCAUUGAAGAAAUCUUGAAAGCAUGUCAAACAGAUCAAGAUCUUGGUCGUCGUUUACGCAUGUUUGAAAAGAUUACUCCAACUCCAUUGGCACACCUGAUCGAAACAAUCGGUCAAAGGAAAGCUACAGACGAACAGAAAGAAACGCCAAGCGAAAUCGAAUCAGAUGACUUACCACCUGCAAGUUUGAUCUUGUUAGGUCGUAAUCGUCGUUUGCCAACGAUUACUCAUCGUGACGAAUUAAGAGCUUUAUUACGAAAACAUGAUGCAUCUACAAAAGAUGCAUCUUCCUCUUCAAACACUACUGAAUCUCGCUUGAUUGAUGGUGAAAUGAGCAAGAUUGUCGGUCAAGCUGCUUUGGCUGUUUGUGGUGUUGGAAAAUGCACUUUGCCCGUCUUGGUUGUUGCAAGUAGCUUGCACCAACGUGUUGUUGGUGAAGAUAAUUGAUUCGUUUAUUUUUUGCUCUGAAUGUACUAUUAUUAUUAUACCCUCCCAUCAUGAUUACCCCAUUGUUCCUUGCAUCAUUUAUUGUUCUUCUGCUAGAUGUAGAAUUACGCACGACUUCAAUGAUUUAUGACCUUAACGAUU